CUCGGCGGCGGCGGUCAUGGUUUCGCGCGUGCGGCUCCCUCCCGAGGUCCAGCUGGCGCAGCGCCUGGCGGGGAACGAGCAGGUGACCCGGGACCGGGCGGUGAGGCGGCUCCGCAAGUACAUCGUCGCCAGGACUCAGCAGGCCGCAGGUGGCUUCACCCAUGACGAGCUGCUGAAGGUCUGGAAGGGACUGUUUUACUGCAUGUGGAUGCAGGACCAGCCACUCCUCCAGGAGGAACUGGGGAGGACCAUCUCCCAGCUCAUCCACGCUUUCCAGACCGUGGAGGCGCAGCACCUGUUCCUCCAGACCUUCUGGCAGACCAUGAACCGCGAGUGGCUGGGCAUCGACAGGCUGCGCCUGGACAAGUUCUACCUGCUCAUGAGGAUGGUCCUGCGUGAAUCCUUGGAGGCCCUGCGGACGCGGGCCUGGGAAGACAGAGAGAUGGAGCAGCUGCUGGAGCUGCUGACCACAGAGAUUCUGCAUCCCGACAGCCAGGCCCCCAAUGGGGUGAAGAGCCACUUUAUCGAGGUCUUUCUAGAGGAGCUGACCAAAGUGGGCGCAGCUGAGCUGACCGCAGACCAGAACCUCAGGUUCAUCACCCCCUUCUGUAGGAUCGCCGCCCAGACCAAGGAGCCCCUGGUCCUGCAUAACAUCGCGCGGGGCAUUUUUGAGACCAUCGUGGAGCAGGCCCCGCUCGCCAUCGAAGACCUCCUGGCCGAGCUGGACACUCAGGAGGACGGCGACGAGCACAGUGAGCCUCAUGGGAGGCCGCCAAAAGGCGCCGUGCGCGGGGCGGACUCGGACACAGACUCGGACUCGGAGCAGGCUGGAGACGCCGAGGAGGACGGGGCCCCCAGCAUGCUGCAGUUUGACUACGAGGCCGUCGCCAACAGGCUCUUCCAGGAGGCCAGCCAGCCGCACACGCCCUCGCAGAACCGCAAGCGGCUCUACAAGGUGAUCCGGAAGUUGCAGCACCUGGCUGAAGGCCUGUUCCCCGAGGAUGACAUCCCAGAGGAAGUCUACCGGAAGCUGCAGAAAGGGAGGCGGGAGAGGAAGGCCAAGAAGCCCAGGAAGCGGUCAUCCAAGCCCCAGUUGCCCAGCAGGACAGGGAACGGCAGGGAAGAGGACGCACCCCAGGAGCAGCCCGGCGGCCGUGGCGUGAGACGGGCUCUCAGGAGGCAGCGGCGACCUCGUGCCCAGACCACAGCGAAGGGGGUGGGGAAGCAGGAGCCACAGAGGCGGCGGGCCGCGGUGGGCCGGGAGUGAUGGCGGCUGGGCCGGGCGCAGAAUUGGCCGUGUGCUGGGACUCCGUGUGCCGGGCCAGGACUGGAGGGAGCCGGGCCACGCUCAGUGCCAGCAUCCCGGACGGCCGGGGCGCGGGAGCCCUGCAGGCGCGGCCCAGGUCGCUGGCUGUGAAAUAAAGCGCUGCGAGCUCCUGAAGCGAGUCCUGGUGGCGACAGUGCGGCCGCCUGGUCCUCUGGCCCAUCCCUGGGGUCGUGGCUUCCCCCUCAGCCGUGUCGCCUGUGUCCUCUCCGCCUGGGGCCUGCCAGGGUGGCGCUGCAGUCCCACCCCCUGCCCUGAGGGGGCACCUUCGGCCCUGCGAUGGGCUGUGGGAGGAGCGGGGCACCACUCGCCCCUCGGUAGGUGUGGACUGACCUUGCGUCCAUGCCCCUCCUGACACGGUCCCCCAGCCCCAAACCCUGCUGUCCCCCCCAGCUGCCUCGGAGGACUCGCUGCUCACCCCUGCCUGGCUGGGCACAGGGGAGCCCAUGUGGGGCUUCCUUCCCAGCAGACCUCGGGGCCCACCCCAGCGCUCUGCUCUAGAGGCCCUGGACACCCCUCCAGGUAUGGGGGGCCGGGGCCGGGGCCUCGGCCACUGCACCGCCUGCGCCUCCCUCUCCCCAGCCUCCCAGCACUCUCUCACAGACGCUGGGCAGAGGC